ACCAAAUUGCUGCAGUUGCUACCAACAUGUUCGUCUAUUGCUGGAGCCAGAAGGAGCUAGAACUGGUAGUCAGAUCUCAUUACUGGACGUUUCAAGGAAGAGAGCAGACCCACAGUGGAGGGAGGACUCAGGACAAUGGCUGCUGAUGGUGAUUUGGAGAUGGAGGAUGUGAAUCUGAAUAUGGGUAGAGACAUGAAAGGAGAGCUGGAAGAGGAGAAGGAAAUGCAAGAGGACUGGAGAAGCAAAGAUCGCUUCAAGAAUAAAAAGGUCCACAGGGUUGUCUCAAAAUGGAUGCUUCCUGAAAAGGUCCGAAGAACAUACUUGGAGAGAGCCAACUGCUUCCCACCCCCUAUAUUCAUCAUCUCCAUCAGCCUUGCGGAGCUGGCAGUGUUUAUUUACUAUGCUGUGUGGAAGCCUCAGGAACAGUGGAUCACCCUGGACACAGGCAUCCUGGAGAGCCCCUUUAUCUACAGCCCUGAGAAGAGGGAGCAAGCCUGGAGGUUUAUCUCAUACAUGCUGGUACAUGCUGGAGUUCAGCACAUCUUGGGGAAUCUUGUUAUGCAGCUCGUUUUGGGUAUUCCCUUGGAAAUGGUCCACAAAGGUCUCCGAGUAGGGCUGGUGUACCUGGCAGGAGUGAUCGCAGGGUCCCUUGCCAGCUCCAUUUUUGACCCGCUCAGAUACCUUGUGGGUGCUUCAGGAGGAGUCUAUGCUCUGAUGGGAGGCUAUUUUAUGAAUGUUCUGGUGAAUUUUCGAGAAAUGAUUCCUGCCUUUGGAAUUGUCAGACUACUGAUCAUCAUCCUUAUAGUUAUGUUGGAUAUGGGAUUUGCUCUCUACAGAAGGUUCUUUGUCCCUGCAGAUGGGUCACCGGUGUCUUUUGCAGCCCACAUUGCAGGCGGAUUCGCUGGAAUGUCCAUAGGUUACACUGUGUUUAGCUGCUUUGAUAAGGCACUGCUGAAGGAUCCACGAUUUUGGAUGGCAAUUGCAGCUUAUUUUGCUUGUGUCUUAUUUGCCGUGUUCUUCAACAUUUUCCUAUCCCCGGCAAACUGAUCUGCCUCUCAUAGGAAGCAAGUAAUGAAAAGAGCCAUCUGGGAAAAGAACUGAAGUCUAGGAAGAGACAGAGAAGUCCUUGCAAAUGCUGAUAGUUUUAUAAAGAGGUCAGAACACAACUGAAGUUCUCAGUUGCAAAGACUGUUUACAAAAGGGGUUAGGGUUUAGGGAUGGGGAUUCUGAAAGCAGGAGGAGGGAGAAGAGAGAGAGGGAGCAGGGGAGGGACGGUAAAAAGCAGGCAUUGGCUCUUUCUAGACAUGUGGUCUCUAAAAGAGACUUGCUCUCCUUGGAGGAUAUAUUAUAGAGACUGUUUGAUAGAACCCACAUAUAUUGUACUGUGCUGAUAAUAAAAACUUUUCAUACUUGUGUCA